AGUCAACAGAAAGAUAAUAUAAAGAAGAGUAAAAGGAUCACAAAGUCCUUAUAAAUAAAAAAUUGAUUAUUUUCCUGAUUUUAUUUUGUAACAGGUUGAAAUUUUCAUUUUGUUUUAGCAGCAACGAUUAAAAAUUGUUUAUAGCAGUUAGUUAAUUAAAUCACCGCAAUACUAGUGCUGAAAAAAAAAAAAAAAAAAAAUCUAAGCAGUUCGUUGCCAACUAACGUCAAGGCCCUUGGUGUACGAAAAUGCGAUGAUGGCACGCAAUUUUGUAGUCUCGAUGAGAAUAAUUUUUGCAGAAGUUCUAUGAAAAAAUUACAUUAAGUUCAAAAACAAAAAAAGGUCAACAGAAAGGCGAGUACAGAAAACUUGGUUGUGAAUUACACUUGGGGACAAUUUAUUAGUUUUAAUGCAAAAAUCUAUAAAACUAUUAUAUUGCUUUAAAAAACAAAGUAAACGUGGCAUUUAAAAAAAUGAAGGUGCAUUUCCGCGAGCAAUACGGCACGAAGGGAGAAGAAAUCCUCUAUAUAACCCCUGCAGAUCAAAGUAGCAUAGUUCGCGUGCCAUUGCGAACUGACAAAUUGGUAAUACAGGAGAAAUUUUUUUUUUUCCGGUUGCUGCAGAAAAUCUUCCUCCCGAAGGGCUAUCCGGAUAGCGUCAGCGAAGAUUAUGCGACAUAUCAAGUGUGGGAUACAAUACAAGCAUUUUGCAGCACCAUUUGUGGCACAUUGUGUACACACGCUAUACUAAAGGGUAUAGGAGUAGGCAAUGAUAACAUAACUGCCUAUUCAGCUACAGUCGCUUGGAUACUUAAGGAGGGAAGCGGACACUUGGGGCGUAUUUUAUUCUCGUGGUGGCAGGGCUCACAGCUGGAUGUAGAUUCAAAGAAGUGGAGAUUACGAGCAGAUUUUUUAAACGAUUUGGCAAUGAGUAUCGAGAUAUAUGUGCUUCCCAAAUACCCCCAUUUAAGUACGCAGCUGUUGUGUGUCACUUCUGUAAUAAAAGCUAUAGUUGGAGUAGCUGGCGGUGCAACUCGUGCGGCCCUUACGCAGCAUCAUGCGAUUCGUGGCAACUUGGCCGAUGUCGCAUCGAAAGACAGUUCUCAAGAAACCUUCGUAAACUUGAUUGCUUCAUUUAUAGGCCUUUAUUUGCUAACACUCAUUAAAUCACAAAGUAUACUGUACAGUGUUUUUAUAUUCGUAAUUAUUAUUCAUCUUUACUCCAAUUUGAAAGCAGUCAAAGCUGUCUGCUUGCGCACAUUCAAUGAGUCCCGCUAUUUAAUUACUUUGGAAGAGUAUUUUCGAUCUGGGCGGAUGCUAACACCACAACAGGUGAAUAAGAUAGAACGCGUCACUAUUGGUCAAACAGUUUCUGUCUCGCUCAAGAUCUUAAUAGGAUUAUCCAUCAGGACACUCAUCGACGAGUAUAGAACAACUCACGCAAUAGAAAAUAUAAUUUCAUCUUUCGACCAGCAUGAACGUUUUAUCAUUGCUGAAAACAACAAAAACAUAGGAGUAUAUUUGCAUUUUGACACGAGGCCGCAAGAUGUUUUGAAAGCGUAUUUUUUUGCUGUUUCCUUUUUACAAGAUCGUAAUCAAAUAAAGGACAAAUAUUGGGAAAUCCAAUCCAAAUGGCAAGAAUUUGUAUCUCUGGCACAAAAAGAAGGUUGGCUUACGACUCAGCAUUUACUUAUGGUUGACGAGUAUCGACUGGACUGGAAAGCUUAGGUAUAUCUUGGAUAGCAAAGCCACAUUCCGAUUGGUCGAAGAGAGUUUGCAAUUUUACAGUUUUCGCUUUUAGAAAAAGUAGUUUUGACAUAUAUUGUAAAGCAAGAUCUCAAUUUUGCUAGAAUUUUUUUGUUUUAAGAGACAUCGAAGAAAUAAGAUGGUAAUUUCCCAUUUUGAUACAAAAAUAUUUUGAGCUUUGUACUAAUAAUAGUAUUGUGGAAUGAACUAUUGUACCAAUGUUAUCAUAUUAUUUAAAAAAUAGUUAUUGGAUUGAGAAAUUCUUUUUGAUACUAGAAUGUAAGGAAGUGAUAUUCACAUAUCUCAUAUCAUAAUUCAAAAUAAAAUAUUCAUAGCUUAUUGUGAAGUAUAUGUAGUACAUACAGCAGCUGUUAUACAUUUUUUAUUAAUUUUAUUUCCUCUUUAAUAUGAUCUUCAUAUAGUCACUUUGCAGCUUAAUUCUAGCAUUUAAGCUUAAUAAAAUAAUAAAAGGGCAACUUAAUAAUUCAACCAUUUUCACUCGAUAUAUCUAUAACUGUAAAGUCUGUAACAAAACCUUCUAUAGCAUUACCACUUCGGGGAUGUUCAUGAAUUGUAUGAAUUUAUUUAACAACUAAAGAAAUGUCAAUAAUUCAAAAGGUAUAAAUUUUAAAAAUAUUUGCGCAAAAUUUUGUUUCAAAUACAUAUGUAAUCUCAGAAAAUACAAAGCUUCAACUAUGAAGACUCAAAUACCAAACCAGAAGAGUUUUAAAUGAUUUACCAAAAAUAAAUAUAAACAUAUUUUACGAAACAUUUUACGAAUAUAAAGUAGAAAUAUUUAUAAGAGGUGGUGGAAGUAUGUAGUGAAUUUAUUUAAAAAUGUAUGUAUGAAAAAAUAACAUCUGACAAAAUACCUUACCAUCAUUGGAUUUUUACUUAGAUUUGUAUUUCACAAUUUUAUUUCAAAUCGGUUAACAUCUGUUAGAAAACUUAUCUUUUAGAAAGUAUUAUAGCAAUUAGAUUCGAUCGUUAGCAAUUCGCGCUUUCUUAAAAACUGUACAACGUAGGCAGUUCAUAAACUUUAUUUGCUUAUGCUGCUUGCACCGUUGCAUGAGACAAUGUUUUAUAAGCUGUAGGAUCAAAUGUGAAAAAUAAUAAGUUGCUGAGUUUUUGAAUGAUAUUGUACAUUUAAGGCUUCAGUCAAUUAUUCACUGUAAGGCUUACAUUAUUUAUUUGUAAACAAAUUAUUAUGUAAAUAAGAGUUGUUUUGUAGAAUGUAAUGACUAAAAAUAUCAAAUUGAGCUAGUAAAAAAAUUAUGGUUUAAUAAUAUUAAGACUAUUUUAGGCACGUUCUAAUCACAAUAAGAUAACUCCUUAGUCGUUUCAAUUAUGGCCGUGCAUACAUACAUCCCGUCGCAAUAUUAAAAUUUAAUAAAAAUUAUGUAUACAAAGCUAUGUGAAGAAUCUGCAGAAUAAAAAUUUUACUUUUAUGAAGUGGUUUCUGAAA